AUGGCCAACAAGCUGGCAGGCCUGGGCAAAACCCUGCUGCGCCGCCGGGCUUUAGACUGCUCCGGCGAGGAGACCCGUUUCGCCCGCUGCCUGUCCACCUUGGACCUCAUUGCCCUUGGCGUGGGCUCGACACUCGGCGCCGGCGUCUACGUCCUCGCGGGCGAAGUAGCCAGAGAAAAGGCAGGACCAGCCAUUGUGCUCUGUUUCCUCAUCGCUGCCCUCUCCUCUAUGCUGGCGGGGCUCUGUUACGCUGAAUUCGGCGCCCGGGUGCCCAAGACAGGCUCAGCGUACCUUUACAGCUACGUGACAGUUGGAGAGAUCUGGGCCUUCAUCACAGGAUGGAACCUCAUCCUCUCCUAUGUGAUCGGUACUGCCAGUGUGGCGAGGGCAUGGAGCUCGACCUUUGACAACUUGGUGGAACAGAAGAUCUCGGGGUUUUUUAAAGCUUCCAUGGCAAUGAAGGUCCCAGGACAAGUCCUGGCAGAGUACCCCGACCUGUUUGCCCUUAUCCUGGUCCUUUUGUUGACUGGGCUUCUGGCGUUUGGCGUGAGCGAGUCGGCGUUGGUGAACAAGAUCUUCACUGGUAUCAACCUGGUGGUGUUGGGUUUUGUCAUCAUCUCUGGCUUUGUUAAAGGAGACGCAGCCAACUGGAACCUCACAGAGGACGACUACACACACUACCUCAAUAGCACCAACUCAACCCGGCCUACGAAUAACGCUGAAUUCGGCGUAGGCGGUUUUGCACCAUUUGGUCUGAGUGGGAUUCUGUCUGGUGCCGCCACCUGCUUCUAUGCCUUUGUGGGCUUUGACUGCAUUGCAACAACAAGUGAGGAAGCUAAGAACCCCAUGCGUUCCAUACCUAUUGGCAUCGUGGCGUCUCUGCUGAUCUGCUUCUUCGCCUACUUUGGCGUGUCGGCAGCUCUCACCCUGAUGAUGCCCUACUACCAGCUUAACACCCAGAGCCCUCUGCCUGAAGCGUUCAGCUAUGUGGGCUGGGCCCCUGCCAGAUACAUAGUGGCUGUCGGAUCUUUGUGCGCCCUCUCCACCAGUCUCCUGGGCUCUAUGUUCCCAAUGCCCCGGGUCAUCUACGCCAUGGCGGAGGACGGCCUGCUGUUUAGAGCUCUGUCCAGGAUGAACACUCGCACCAAGACCCCACUCCUGGCAACCAUCGUGUCUGGCAUCGUUGCAGCCCUGAUGGCCUUCCUGUUUGACCUGGCAGCUCUGGUUGAUCUCAUGUCCAUUGGAACGCUGUUGGCCUACUCACUAGUGGCCAUCUGUGUCCUUAUCCUAAGGUACCAGCCUGGCAGCCUGACCUCGUCCAGCCAGACGGAGAAGCUGGUGGAGCUGGUGGGAGGAGAGAAGGUGGCUGUGAGCGGAGGGGACAGCGGCGACGAGUACGGCAUGGAGACAGAGGACAGGCCGCUCCGAGAGAGCUUCACCGUCAAGCUGCUCUUCAGCCCCAGCGGAAAGACGCCGACGCAGACCUCUGGGAACAUCGUCUACGCUACCACAGCUAUUAUCUCGAUUUUCAUCACUGUGCUGUGCGUGGUGUUGGCCAACUUUCUCACACAGCUGCUGGCUGGUCAUCCGGUCACCGUGACAGUAUGUGCCAUUUUGACUUUGAUCUGCAUCGUUUGUGUCGUCAUUAUCUGGAGACAGCCUGAGAGCAAAGAGGCGCUCACCUUCAAGGUCCCUCUGCUCCCUUGGCUGCCUCUGUUCAGUGUGUUUGUCAACAUCUACCUCAUGAUGCAGCUCGACAAGGCAACAUGGUGCCGUUUCACUGUCUGGAUGGCUAUCGGUUUUGCCAUCUACUUUUUCUACGGUAUUAAGAACAGCAGUGAGGCCAGCAGCAGCUCAUCCCCACGCAAAUAUGAGCCUGCACUGCAGAGCAAGAGCCCAAUCUACAGGGGGGCUCCUGACGACAGUGACGUGGAAGGGGGCAGCAGCCCCUGAUACAGACUGAUGCAGACCUGGGGGUGUUGUAGGAUCUGGACUUCACUGUGGCGGCCAGCUGCUGCGGCGUAGGCAGCCUGCAACACAGGCCUGGGCCGACCUGCAGAAGACGCUCAAACACCACACAUCUUACCUCUGAUUUGGAGGCUGAUUAACUUGAUGGCUAGACACUGUGACAGAGCUGGUUCUUGGCAAGUGUGUCUGUUUUAAUCUGUUUGUUUGUAUCUGGCCUUAGCCCUAGAGUCUGGAGAUAUUUACCUGCCUAUAACAAAAUGCUUUGACUGGACCUAACUAUGAGCACUGUUAUACUUGACGCGUUUUUGGUCAUCUGAACCUGUCGUUAACAUCAGUAGAGAAAUAUUAUCGGCUGUUUUGUCUUUGCCUCCUCUCUGUUAUCGCUGCUCUGUGGCUGUGUGUGGAGCCAUGUGGCCACUAGUGGUAAAUAUGAACUACAAGAUCACUGAAGCAUUGGCUUGAGCCAGUGAGUUUAUCCAUGUCAAGACCAGAGAAUCAAUGAGCUAGACAUCAAACCGCCUGAAGGAGCGUGAUAUUACGAGCACGAGGCACCGGGCCCGGUGGUAGACAUGAAGAAAAUUGAUUCCCUGUUAUGAAUUGCUACAGAUUGAAUAUGUCUAGCUUAUUGAUCCUAGUUCAGCUGUACCAGCCUGUCUGUUUAUGUGUCUGCUGUGUGUGUAUACAGGGUAGCAUUGUGGCUGUGAGGUUUACAAACUUAGUCAGAGCCUCAGUGCACUUAGGUCAAUAGCACAUGGUAAAUGUUUAUGUAAUGUAUGCCAUGUGGUUGUGUGUCUGAGCCUGAGGUAUGCUUUGCAGAUUUUUAUUUUUAUUUUUUUGAGCACAUCCUUUCCUGGCCCCCUUUUCCCAGAGCAGAGCCAUACAGUAUAUUGACAGCUACUGUACCUUGAAGUAAUGCACCAGGAUCUGUAUUAUGAAGAUUGAAAUGUCAGACAAUAGAUAAUGCAGAAGUGACUGUAUAUUGACUACAUAUUGUCAGUAUGGAUAAACGCAAUGUAAAACGUAAUUUAACUGGCAUUAAUGCGGUAUGAAAUUCUCUAUCAUAAAUUGCCCAUGGUGCUUGUUUGUGCUGGAUAUCAACUGGGCUGAAAAUGUAUUUGCAAGCACGUCUAAUUCCUGGCAUUUCUUUAAACCUAUCACCAGAUAGGUUAACUGCACCUGUCAGUCACAGGAAGCUACACAAAAUUGACACUCAGUUGAUAGCUGCUGUUGGGUGAAAUCCAGUUUUCUCCAAAAAAGUGUCAGCUGUUGACUGCCAGUGAAAACAGCCUUGCCUUUAGUGUGACGACAGUGCGUUUCCCAGCUUAUCCAGUGGGGAUUUGAAAAGGUUCGAUCAGCCCAAGGGACGCUGAACUUCUUGUCAAACCCACAGAAAGCCACGUAAUCCUUCAGGUGAAGUUUUAAAUAUGGAAAUCGCCACAGCUAGGAGUUAACGCGGGGUUCACCCAAAGACACUUUGCUCGUGGUCUUUGUUGUAUUGGCCAACUUAGUAAACUGCAUCCAUUAGGCAUUCCGCGCAAGUUUAAAAAAAAAAAAAAAAAGUGCUUGGGAAUACCCAUUUGCACAUACCUGGCUGGAUAGAAGUUUUAUCCAAAGAAUAGAAAUGAAAAAGUCUGUAUGGAUGUUAAAAUCAUCUCAUGUAGUUAAAUUUUCUACUUUCUGAUUUACAUGGACACACGAGUCUGUCUGCUUCAAAUGUUUCACAUGGCUAUACCUAGAUUUUAUUAUUAUUAUUAUUAUUAUUAUUAUUAUUAUUUUUCAGAUAUGACACGGUGUGAUAGAGACACUUAGAAAGCUCAUAGAUGGCUUGAUCUUACUCGCUAGCGUGGCUCCCUGUAAGCAAUGUAAUUCCUUUCUUUGUACCUGUUACCUCACGAGCAAAAAUGCAACAAAGGGAGGUGAAGGAAACAUUGAAAGAGAAGGAACAAGGCAUUUACAAAUUCAACUCAAACAGAUUUGUUUCUCACAAAUCUGCCACCUGCACGCCAGUGUCUUGGAUCUGGGAGCCGGGGGUGUGUUCCUGUACAAGCGCCCGUUUAUCAUCACUAAUGUAUCUUCAACUUUAGGGGGGAGUUUUAUUGUGAAAAGACCUUGUUUUUUCACAAAGGUUUUUGUUUAGUUUCCAUUGAAACUUGUCCUUGGCAGCUUUGUCUGUUGAGCUCAUCAGUUCUUUUUUUUUUUUUUUUUCUUUUACUGUUUCAUUUACUCAUUCUGUUAGAACUGUUAAUAUUUAAAUGGUUGUAGUGUUCUGAGAUGUUUUUCCUUAUGUUCAGCCUUUUCAUUUAAAUUUAUAAUCAAUAUUCUGUGUAGAUGUUGAACUUUAUUAAUGUAUUUUAAUUGUUACAUGUACAGAUUUUUUUUUUUUUUUUUUAGAGUACUAAUGAUUUUGGUCCCCCUUGUUGGUUUCAUUGUUGUUUCUGUUGCAAAUCUCUUGCAUCAACAGAUUAUUUAGCCUGGUUUGUCGUGAUCCUGCCUGACCAAAUGAACAUGUAUUUUUGGAAAGAGAGCUUUCCAUAAGAAAGAAUGACCACUAAAAGAUGGUCUCUAAAUUGUGUACAUUUUUACCCCGAUUUUCACUGGAGUCAAUAGGAUAAUUUAUGUUAAUAGCAUAUUUUUGUGAUUUUUUUUUUUCUGUAGUACAGUGCUUUACUGUAGAUUGUACAGUAUGUGUAUAACUGUAUCUUUAUUUGUAUAAUGCUGUAAAUUAUACAAAUGCACACUUCCUUUUUAAGCAUAAUAUCAACUAUCAUUUGGUGAGAUGUUCUUUGUAAAUUACACUUUAAGGCUUUUCAUCUGGCAGUGGAUGUUGCUGGUAACUUUAGUCCCCUCCUUGCUGGCUUUUCUUGUGGAUAUGAAGAAACCGUUAUGGUGUAAGCAGUAUGGAAGCAUUUCUGCAGAUGCAUAAAUUAAAUGUCCCUUAAGAUCUUCUUACUGCUAUUCCCGCCAGGCAAAUGAUCCGCCUCUGCUACAGCGCCAGGCUUCACAUAGCUCCUUAAGCGGCUUUGAAAAGGGUGAAGAAAAUAAUUGCGGAGAAGGGAGGUAAAGGUAUAUUUGGAUUCAGUGUUUUUGUAAGACUCCCAUCUCAGAAAGCGGUGCCUAAAGAAUCAUCCGUCUGCCUCAGAAAGGCACCGGGGCUGCUACAACAAGAUGGGACUUGAGUCGAGUCAUAUCAAAGUCGUUCCAAAUCCUCGCUGAGCCACCAGUGCUCUCCGAGGGGAAUGUUGCACUUGUGACACUUUGUUUGUGAGUCAGUCACAGUCGCUGUGUUUCACAGAUGAGUGUUUAGAAGGCCUGGUGGUGCGGCUGUGACUCAUGUCUGACCAAGAACUCUCUCCCCAGCCCUUGUGCCUUUUGAAAAUCAAUACCUUAUCAUCUGCCCUCUCAGUGCUUAUUAACAGCAACAAUCUAUUUUUGUCUCUUUCCGUUUUAUAUCUUGUAAAUAUGGCUGUCAUGUAUAAAACAAGCUGUAUUUUCAAUGUUGUCUUUUUUUUAAAAUAAAACAAUGAUUCGUGCUUAUAACAGAUUGAAA